ACAAACAAACCCCACCGUGGUUACUGCGAUCGGGCGUGGACUAGCUCGGAUAUUUGACCAAUGGCUCUGUCGUUGGAGGACGCCUUCCGUGAGUACUGCUCGUUCGGCGACAAGGACUCGUUGCCGCUGACGAUGGACGGGGCCAAGUUCGCCAAGAUGUGCCGGGACUGUAAGCUUCUGGACAAGAAGCUGACGCCGACCGACGUGGACAUUAUCUUUACGAAGGCCAAGCCGAAGGCUGAAAGAAAGCUGACACUGGAGCAGUUUGAGCAAGCCGUGAGGAUGCUGAGUGAGAAGAAAUACCCUGGAGACCCAAAAGCCAUGCAGAAACUGCAGUCCAAACUGACCACACCAACCACUCACCCGGGAGCAACUAAAGUGGCGGGAAAUGCUGUUCUCGAUCGGAUGACAGACACUUCCAAAUACACUGGCUCUCACAAGCUGAGAUUCAAUGAGUCUGGGAAGGGGAAGGGUUUGGAGGGGAGAGACUCGGUUGCAAAAGGACCAGGACACAUCCCCGCUUUGGUCAGCGCUCAGACAUCGUAUGUGUCUGGUAAUCUGAUUGGACUGGAUGCAUUGGAUAGCGAACGGGCCAAAGAGAGGCCGAGAGCCAAGGCAAAGGCAGCCGCAGAGGCACGUGCCAGCCCCAAGACACAAAAAUCCACAGCUACUAAGUCCAGCCCACAGAAAUCACCUGCAGUGGCAAAGUCAAGCCCAAGAGUAGUGUCAAAAACCGGAGCCUCGUCCCCUGCAGCUAAACCCAGCACUAAAACAAAGACCUCGGCAGUGGCGACCAGCAGUCCUAAAUCCAGCCCCGCCUCCAAGCCAAAGGGAGACAUUUACGACAGGCUGACCGACACCAGCAAGUACACGGGUGCCCACAAGCACAGAUUCAAUGAAACCGGCAGGGGGAAGGGCCUAGACGGGAGAGAUGCUCCGGCAAAAGGAGCAGCCAUGACACCUUCUCCAGCCAGCAAUCUUACCUCUUACGUAGCAGGCUACAAGCAUGAGAACACCUAUGGAAAGUAGCAGCUUUUUUCAGAGUAUAAACUGCUGUGUACACCAUGUAUAUAUACCAUAAAUCCCUUGAACAUGAAUACUCCCCCAGCAUGAAAUUAAUGACGUAAUACUCACGCGGAAUUGCUCAUGCAUCACAUGAUGCAUGACAUGAUGCAUGACAAAGAGAGAUAGGAAAGUAAAGAGUGUGCUGUGCAUGAGAGACCCAACGCUACGCCACUAAAAGUCCUAUUUGUCGCGUGGGCCUUUGUGGAUCCACGACCCGCUUCCCAGAGAGAAAGGGUGAACUACUGGAGUAAAGAGAAGAGUAAACAGUCAGUGCAGCGAGUAUCCUGAAGGGAGAGACGAGUAUUUUAUCUCCCAGUGCUACUGUGCGACCAGCUGAGGAUCUAGUGGACAUAUAGAAGGUUUAUCGAUCGUUCCUGUGGAACCAUGGACGACGAGAAGAAGCCUUUACUGAAUGCGGCCGCUGGCGGCAUCCAAGCAGAAGCCCCGCCCAUUGCCCCGCCCAUCCAACCUCCGCCUUACGAAGAACCUUCUGUUCCAUCUCCAUAUGCUCCUCCUUCAGUGGCCAAUUCUGGCAUGCCUCCUCCCUAUGCCCCUCCCACACAAAUGCCGGGAUCAGGACAGAGUCUAUUCGUCCAGUGCCGUGUGUGUCAACAUGUCAUUCACGUGGCUCCAGGCACACAGAGCAGGGUGGUCAAGUGCUCCAACUGCCGAGAGGCCACCCCCAUUGCCCCUCCUCCGCCGGGCAAGAAGUAUGUCCGAUGUCCUUGCAACUGCCUCCUGACGUGCUCUGAAACUGCCAGUAGGGUCAUCUGCCCGAGGGACAACUGUAAACGGACGAUAGGUGUUGGGACAGUGCACGUGAGGCCGGUGAACACGGACCGGCUGCGAGUUGUCUGUGGUAGAUGUCAUCGUUCCAUCUUGUGGCCUUCAAAUGCAGCCGUUGCUAGAUGUCCACAUUGCAGAGGGAGGUCUUACCUGUAUAGCAGCUGGAUGAGGUACCGGGCCGGAGUCUGCUUUACCGUCGGGAUUCUCUUCAUUUUGAUCUCCAUCAUCAUCACGGCUGUUACUGCCACCAUUGCCUGGACGUCUCAGCAUGGAGGUGAGUUACUGCAUGCAGUGGUAGGUUGUUAUGAUAGGCAGGCUCUGUAUAAAUGGAAGGGUUGGACUCAAGCAAAUUUUGUGUGUGCGUGUUUACAGGUGUAAUGGCUGUGUUAGUGUUUGAGCAGUGUGCAUGGGCUAAGCCAACGUGUUCUGAGCAGAGAGUGAAACGGUGCAAACACACAGGGACCCAAAGAAAACUGUUGCUCUGGUGUGUGGCGAGCAACAUUAGCUCCGCUCCACUGCUCGUGCAGUGUGGACAGAUAGAGCACAUGGAUAAGGCGAGGUCUAUGCAACACAUGCCGAAUUUAAUUUUUGUUCAUUUGAAGUACAGGAGUUUUUUUAAUAAAAGCCAUAGCUACGUUAUGUAGGGGCUAUAAUAGUUUAAGAUUUUAUUAACAAUCUUUUCGUUAUAUUGCAGGAAUUUUCGUCAUAUGGAUUGGACUGUUCACAAGUGGUGUAGGGUUUAUCAUUCGUGGCAUCUUCUACCUCUUCAUGACGCAGAGCCACCACGAAUGACAGCUAUAGCUAUAUAAGAACCGUGUGCUCCACCAUCCUGUGAUGUUUCAAACUACAGAAGAGUGUGUUAUGCAUAUUGCGUGUGUUAUUUACACGUGGACACUUGUGGAAAAUAUUUGUUUCUGUUCACAAAACUGUACGGUAUCUGAUAUUUUAUACAGAUAUAUACAUGGACUAUCAGUACAUAGUAAUACAAAUGAUGAGUGUGCUACAAUAUAGCCACACGCUUAUGAUCUUUAGUUCUGAAGUUCCAUAUGUUGUGAUCAAAAUCACACUAUCCCCUAUAGUUUACCUGUGAUGAGUUGUCAGGGCAGGAGAUGUGGCGCUGGAGUACCCACUCUCGUGCGGAGAGUUGGUGUUCUCUUGUUCCUGUUGCUGCAGAGAGUUUUCGCUGGCCGGAGUCUGCGCACUGUUCUCUGGCGAAGCGACAGGUGCGCACGGUGUCGGCGGAGGAGGGGGAGAGGGGGUGUGCGCGCCCAUCAGCCCGCUGCCACUGAAGCUGGCGUGGUUUAGCAUGGUCGUGGCGCCCAUGGGAAAUGGCUGAGCGUGGCUAGCCCAGUUGUAAAGGACGGCCGGAUGGUGCUGGACUGCGGACGAGCUGCUAGGUGCGCAUUGGUCGCAGGCGAUGUAGGGAACGGUCGCAGCGGAGGUCGGCGUAGAGAACGACCGUAUAUUGCCGUCCACUGCAGCCAGAAGCGGCCCUGUCGCAGUUUGCGGGUGUCCGGUGGCUGCCGCGAGUUGGUAGCUCUCGUGCGAGAACGGGAGAGAGGACAGGCAGAAAGAGGACGAGGCUGAGGAGCUGACUAAAUGCGCACCGCUUCCGCCCCCGCUCCCCUCUCCUGGAGCUGCGUGAGCGAGACCGUAGCUCGAUCCUCCGUAGUAGGCGCUCCCUCCUUCCACCUUGACGAAACCGGCUGCAGCGGCUGCGGAGCUUUGUAGAGGCGUAGGCUUGACGUAGGUCGCCAUCCCUGCUGCUGCGAGCGACAUGGGUCCGUUGGUGGACGGGUAGGUGCACGGAGCCGAUGCGCUGAAGCUCGGACGAUUCAGCGGAGAGAUCGUAAAGGCAGUGUUGGUAAAGGGGUGGUUGGUAAAGGAGCUGUUGAGCCCGUGGUGUGUCGCCGCCGAUCCGGAACCCCCGUUGUUGCUUGCGGUGGAAGAGGUUGCCAGAGGGAUCCCAGAGAGGAUCGCCGAGAAUCCAUUGUGCUUCUUCUUCCAGUUCUCGUAGCCGACCUUCUUUAUGUUCCUCCGAGCGUUCGCGAACCAGUCGUUGAGCUGUCGCUGCGUCAUGCCUGCGUAGAAGGCCAGGCCCUGCUUUUCGGCCUUGGUCGGGUACGGGUUGAAGGGAUGAUCUUCGAUCCAUCGGAUGAGAACGGCGGGGUUCCUUCGCAGCCUCUUCCUCAUGGGGAACGCGCUGCUCGUGCUCGGAGUGCUGUCCGUGCCAGGGCUGAUUGCCGUCACGGGGUCGCUCGCGGUAGGAGAAGACUCCGCGAGGUUGUCGCUAGAAGGUGAGGACGGUAUCACUUGUGGGGUCGAGUCUCCGGGCUCCAUUUUCAAGGCUGACCCCUGCUAUCACAGUCUUCCCGGCCCUGCGU